AUGGAGAAAGCAAAAUUGUUUGACCAGAACCAAAAGCUGGACGAUACCCAAACAAAACUGGAGGAAACAAAAGCUGAGGUAGAGACGCAGAGAGCUCUUAAGGAGAUUUUCAUCGGCAGGAGCAUCGAGUUGAAGAAACAACUACAGGCAACUGAAAAGGGCAACAAUCCAGAGACUCUCAGCCCUGCAAUUAUCGAUUCCGAGGUGGACAGCGAAACAAAACAGCAGCUGCAAGAGGACUUAGACACAGUGAAGGUAGAUCCUAUUGCCACAGAGCGAGCGUUCAUGUCAAGGAUUGAGGAAUUAAAAGAUAAAAACAGAGCACUCCAACAAGAGCUGGACGACAUGAAGGCUAAAUACGAGGAGCUUCAGUCCAAAUUUGAAGCAGACAUUAGUGAGAGGAAACGUCAGGCUGACAUGCAGAUGGUCAAUAAAGACAAGAUCAGACAGGACCAAAAUUUAAUAGAGAAAAUGUCCAAGGAGAUCAGCAGCUUCAAGGUUACCGAGAAAUGCCUGGUGAGAGAACUAGAGCAGAUUCAUGGUUCAUACCAAGAACUAAAGUCGAGGUAUGAAGCAGAUGUGACUCAUAACAAAGAAGCUAAUUUGGAAAAAACCAAGCAUGAUAUUAUUGAGCUCAUCAAGGCACUCAGAGCAGAGAAGGACAACCUCAACCAGAAAAAUGCAGAAGAUAUCUCUUUCCUGAAAUGGCAAUCAACUAAGAAUGCACAUAAAGAGAUUAAAACUUAUUCAGAGCAAAGGAUGAGUGACCUGAAGAUUAUCACCGAGCUUAAAGCUGAGAAGGACAGUCUCCUAAAACAACUGACUGCUUUUCAACAACUUCCCUCCGGCUGUGAGCUUAACUUACAGCAGGAAAACAUGAAAACUGAACAUCAACUCAAACACGAAUUAGGACCUGAGAGACAAAAAGAACCAAACGAGAAAGACACUACCCCGGAAAACAAGGUUUCUGACACUGCGUCCAUGGAUCAGGACCGUCUGACAGAGGAAACCCUGUCAGAAAACAUUGAUGUUCCUGAUGCCUCUCCCAACCAGGUAAAUGACUUUAUGGAAAACAUGCCGAGUAACAUAGAAUCCAUGGACGUGACGGACCGCUCUGUGGAAAUUCUGUCACAGGAACCAGUGGGGGCAGUCGCCGAGGAAAAAUCAGUGUGGAAGAAGAUACGACACUGUUUGGGGCUCAGAAAACCACAAAUGUUCAAGAAGAAAAGCAAAAAAGCCUCUGAGUCAAGCGAUUAG